GUUGCGCUGUCGGGGCUGGGCACCAGCCUUUUUGAGCAGAAUCGAUUCACCGAGGCGGAACAGUACUUUCGAGCCGCGGCGAUGCUGGCUCCGGACCGCUCUCAGGUCCAUGAAAAUUUGGCCAUGGCCUUAGAGCAAGGCGGGCGCUUGGAAGAGGCGAUUGAAAGCCUCCGAAAGGCUUUGAGCCUUGCACCACACAACAUCCAGGUCCGAAACUUCCUCGGGGAGCUCUUGACCGAGGAGUUUCGCUUCAGGGAGGCCGAGGAUGUUUUCAGGGAUUCCUUGGCCAUCGAUCCGAAACGGCCAGACACCAACCGACAGUUGGGUGACGCUCUGCUGAUGCGCCAGGCGUACGAGGAGGCAGUCAUUUACUUGGCCAGAGCUGUAGAAGCA